CUGGGCAUGCGCAGAUCGGGCGGGAGGAGAGUCCCGCACGCGCAGAGGCCGCGUCACCCGCUGCUGGUGCCUGGGGCCAGGACCGGGCGGAGCAGGAGAGUUUGUGCCACUCAUCCCAUCCUCCCAUGGGAGAGGGAAGAGAAAUGAGUGCAGGGAAGCCUGUUAAGGGGCCGGUGACCUUCGAGGAGGUGUCUGUGUAUUUCACCAGGGAAGAGUGGGCUCUGCUGGACCCCACUCAGAGAGCCCUCUACAGGGAUGUCAUGCAGGAGAACUAUGAGAAUGUGACCUCAUUGGCAAGGUUUCCUGUUACCCAGCCUGAUGUGAUCUCCCAGCUGGAACAAGGGGAAGAGCCAUGGGUCCCAGACUUCCAUGGCUCUGAGGAAAGAGAGAUUUAA